CAAAUAGUAUAAAGCCGGCCCUCUCAGAUCAACAAUCUGUGGAGAGAGAGAGAAGAGAGAGAGAGAGAGAGAGAGAGAGAGAGAGGAUGCCAGGGUUGAGAGGUCCGUCCGAUUAUUCCCAAGAACCCCCUCGCCACCCGUCGCUGAAGGUUAAUUCCAAGGAGCCAUUUAAUGCUGAGCCUCAUCGUGCAGCUCUAUUGUCAUACAUUACUCCUAUCGAUUUUUUCUACAAGAGAAACCAUGGACCAAUCCCAGUAGUUGAUGACAUUCAAAGAUAUAAUGUUAGCAUAGGUGGUUUGGUGGAGAAGCCCUUAGAGAUAUCUAUGUUUGAAAUAAGGAGGCUGCCCAAGUACAAUGUCGUUGCAACCUUACAGUGUGCAGGUAAUAGAAGGACGGAAAUGAGCAAAGCACGCACAGUGAAAGGUGUUGGGUGGGAUGUUUCUGCUAUUGGAAAUGCAAUAUGGGGAGGUGCAAAAUUAGCUGAUGUUCUUGAGCUUGUUGGAAUAUCAAAAUAUUCUUCAUUCUCGGCACUAGGAGGGAAGCAUGUUGAAUUUGUUAGCAUUGACAAGUGCAAAGAGGAAAAUGGUGGACCCUACAAGGCAUCAAUAUCCUUGAGGCAGGCGGCAAAUCCUGAAGCUGAUGUUUUGCUUGCAUAUGAAAUGAAUGGGGAGAUCCUCAAUCGUGAUCAUGGAUAUCCAUUGCGGGUGAUUGUUCCUGGUGUAAUUGGUGCACGAUCUGUAAAAUGGUUAGAUCACAUCAACAUAAUUGAAGAUGAAUGCCAGGGUUUUUUUAUGCAAAAGGAUUACAAAAUGUUUCCACCUUCAGUUAAUUGGGAUAAUAUCAAUUGGCUGACCAGGAAGGCACAAAUGGACUUUCCUGUGCAGUGUGCAAUAUGUUCUUUAGAGGAUGUGGAUGUUGUAAAUCAAGUAAAGGCUACUAUUGCUGGAUAUGCAGUAUCUGGUGGUGGCCGUGGAAUUGAGAGAGUAGAUAUAUCCGUUGAUGGGGGAAAGACAUGGUUGGAAGCUGAGAGAUAUCAAAGACGCAAUAUACCAUAUCAAUCUGAUGAUAUGAACAAUGACAAGUGGGCAUGGGUUCUAUUUAAAGCUACUGUUGACAUACCGGAAAAUGCUGUGAUUAUUGCUAAGGCGGUGGACACUGCUGCAAAUGUCCAACCUGAAAAGGUAGAUGCUAUAUGGAACCUAAGAGGUAUACUGAACACAUCGUGGCACAAGGUCCAAGUACGGAGAGCCUCACCAGGGAUGAAUUCCAAUCUGUGAAACAAAGGAGGUAAAAAAUCGACAACAUCCUAUUUUCCACCCGAUUGAUUUCAUGUCAACAGGAACUUUUUAAGUUGUAGAUUUCAAACUGGCACGGAACUUGUUUACUUCCCUCGUCACCUGUUUGUACCCGUUACUGUAGAUUUACAAUUCUGCUCAGACCAAUAUAUCUACAGCAGCAGGUGGUUGGACCCCAUA